AACUAAACACAAAACGGACUGCGCAAAAUAAAUUCGAAUUCGAAGCCAAAUGUCAAAAAAUACGUGCACCACAAAAAAAAAAAAUCGUUUUUAAAGAAGAAGUUCAUUGAUGAGAAUUUUUUUCAUUUGUAAAAAAAGUUUUCCUAAAAAAAAAUAAAUUCCUAAAAAACAACAUAAAUUCCCUUUAAAAUAUACUUAAUAUUUUACAUUUAUUAAAUCAUCCCUCCGAAUUGUGGUCAUAAAUUUAAAAGACAAACGUUCUCCUUUCCUCAAAGCAAGUUGUUCUGGAAAAAAAGAAAAAAAAAAUAUAAAUUUCCAAUCAGGAGAGAACCCCUGCCUGCCUGCACACUUUAAUUUGUUUCAGGACUUUCAGGUACACUCUACUCCGCCUCCGCCCCACAACAAAUCUAUUUUAUCGCAAGCAGGAGUUUGAGAAGCAAUAAAAAAAAAAUUAGAAAAAAAAACUUGAAAAAGACGACAGAAAAAUAUAAGAAAAUUUACAAAAUUCUACUUGAAAUACAACAACUAAACAAUGGAAGCGGUGGCUUUGACCGAAACCGAGUCCCGGUAUUUCGGGGACUUGUUCCUUUGCUGUGACAUCGAAAAAACUGGCAAAAUUCCAAUGUUAAAAGCCACCGAACUUUACCGAUCGGCAAAUCUUUCCAAUGACGUUAUUCGUGAGAUAACAUCAUUAUCAGGAAUCCCACAAACAGCUUUGCACAUUUCCCGAUCACAGUUUUAUUCUUGUUUGAAAUUAAUUGCCGCCUAUCAGGCUUCAAUGCCACUUCGAACCGAAUUGAUUUCUUCUUCGGUGAAUUUGCCACUGCCGAGAUUCAGUUGGAAGUUGGAAUCAUCUUCGCCGAUUGCUUCGACAAUGACGCGAGCCGAUGCAUUGCAAACGAAUGGAAUGGCAAUGGGAAGUGUGUCUAGUAGCAAGGGAGUUGCAGUUCCUCGUCGAGGAUCAUGGUUUGAUACUACAAGUACACAGUUGGUUGAUGCGACAAAUUCAGAUGUCCCGAGUACUGAUUCAGAGGUGGAACAUAAUGAAUCGAGUAGUGGCAGGGAACCGCACCGUCAUCGAGGAGGUGGCGCCGCUGGAGGCGGAUCUCCUGAAGCCUGGAGCACAAACAGUGACAGUCCAACUCCGACCAACAGUGUUGCUGAGCGUCCAUGGGCAAAAGAAUCUCUUUGGCAAGGAUUACUUGGCGAUGAACAUCGCCAACUUCUCGGUACUGAAGAAGAAUCCUCUGAUCGUCAUAGUUCAGACGAUGACAAUGAAGGCGAUCCAUUCUACUAUCAAAUAACACCCGAACAAAGGGAAUACUAUCAAAAACAAUUCAAGGCUGUGCAACAUGAUCCGAAUGGACUACUUUCUGGUCACAUUGCAAGGGUGUUCUUUGAGAAAUCUCAAAUUCCUGUCAAAGAACUGCGUCACAUUUGGCAACUAUGCGAUGUUACUCGAGAUGGUGCACUCAGUUUGGCUGAAUUUACUGCAGCAAUGCAUUUGGUAGUACUACGUCGCCAUAAUCUACCAUUGCCAGCUGUCCUACCAGCAUGUCUGCAUCCGAAUAUGCUUGUUCAAGCAAAUCAAUCGCAAACAACAAUUGCCGAUCCUCCAGAGGCUGAUCUUUUACAUCUAAAUGACGACGACGAAGAUGACAAUACAGACAAUACUAUAAAACAAGUAGUAGCUCCAACUGCUGCAACUUCUACAAUUGAUCCUGAUCUUAAACGUGUUCCAUCGCGUUCGGAGAAGAAUCCUAUGAAUAUAAGCACCCUAUCGACUUCUUCGCAAGCUAGUACAGGCUGCUCGAAACAACCUAGCGCUGCCGUUGUUGCUGCUGCUCAGCAAGUAGCAUCAAUGAGUCCACCACCGCCAGUGAGAAAUCGUAGUAGCAUAUCGAAUUCACCUAGUGUUGCUGAACCAACAACAACACCACCACCAUUGGCAGCUAAUUUGUGGAAAGUCUCACUCGAUGAAUGGACAAAGUAUAUGGAUUCACCCGUAUCGGAUAGUCCCGGUCCGAAACCAGUCAAUUUUGAUAUGAAACGAACUGCGCAGGCAGUUGUUUCAGAUCCACAAAUUCUUCAUCCUGUUCCAUUGCGUGUUACACCAGUUGCUGGUGCCGAAGUAGUUCCAGUAAAUGCUGAUGAUGAAGUUGCAUUGCGAUUAUCGCGAAAGUCCGAAAAUCUAGUCUACGAUACCAGUUCGGGUAUUUUACGUGACAACAACGACGCCAGUCCUAAACAACUACAGUCAACUCAGCAACCACCAUCUUCGCAGGUUCCACCCUUGCCAGCUGCAAUGACAUCAUCACAUCAUCGUGACUCAUUGCAAAAUAACGAUUUGCGAGCCAUUCAACGUCCACAAGCGAAAAAACUACCAGUCAAAAAUAUUGGAGCAAUACCUCCGCCUCCACAGCGUGAGCCAAGUAUUGGCUCAAAUAAUGCAAUUGGUUCUGAAUCAACAGUUGCUACAGUCGAUGGAGGUAAUAAUUUGUCUAAAAAAGAUCCACCACCAUUGCCUCCACCGAGACCACAUCGUCAUGGACGUAGUAGCAGUUUGGAUUUAAAUAAAUUUAAAUUGGGUGGACCUUCAUCGCAACCUGAGAUCACUGCUCAGGCAAGUUUUGAUCUCCAGACGACUGGAUUUGCCGAUUUCGCUCACUUUCCAGCCACAAAUGAACAAUUAACUUCAGAUGCAGAACAACAUUCUGGUAGUGUAACUCUACCAACAACAAGUUCCCAACCACCACGAUACAAUGCAAUCUCAGGCUUGCAAUCGACGCAGCGAGUUAGUGCUUUUGAAGUCUAUCGCAAGCCCAAUACGCCACGAAACUCACAAUCACCAGAUUUUAGUCAACACAAUAUAACACCACUGCCACCGCCUUCACUUGCUGCAGUUUCUAAUACAAGUGUUGUUGAUUCCGAUUCGUUGCGACAUGUUUCUUUUAAACAUGACAACAAGAAUAUGCCCGAUGUGUUGCGGCAUUUACGGGAACAGAAUUCACUUCUCUUGCGAAUAUGCAGUGAUCUCAGUGAUGAACUAUUGGGUGUGACACGUCGCAAAGAAGAAAUGAGAAUUAGAGUUGAAACUAAUAAUAGUAAUGCUGUUGCUGUUGCUAAUGCAGCAGCAGCAGCAGCAUCGGCAAAUGUUGUAACAUCGUCAACGGCUUCGAUUGCACCAGUUACAGCUAAUAUAACUGGUGGAUCUGGCAGCAGUGGAGUACAUUCGAAUGUUUAAGUUUGAUCUGGAGGAGGCAAGCAAAGCCAACUUUUCCUGUGAUGGUUUCUUCAUUGAUAUGCUAGAAAGCAACAUUAUGUCAGGAAAAUCAUUCAUUCCUAACGAACGACAUUUUAUGUUUCCCCCGAAGGCAGCUCGAUCAGAAAGUAUUCAUUUUGUAUGUCCUUAUUAUGCUUGGAAAGCAUUAUUCACCACUUAUAUUCCUAAAUACAACUACAAAUAUUAAUUUAAACAUUUUUUUUUAUUUCAUAAUGUAUAAAAAUAUAAAUAUUUUAAAAUAUUAUAUAAAUAUAUAUAUCAUUUUAUUAUUUUUAAUUUUUUGUUCUCUGGCGAUAAAAUCGCAUUUAUUUUUAUUCGAAUUUAAUAUUUUAUAAUUUGUAUUAUUUAACUAAAUAUUAUGUAAUUUU